AUUUUCCAGAAUUCCUUUUACCAAGUUCAUGAUGUUCCACCACAUGCCAAGUAUGGUGGGCGGAAUACUGUGACAUUGAUUCCAGGUGAUGGCGUUGGUCCAGAAAUGGUCACAGCAGUGCAGGACAUAUUUAGGUACAAAUAAUUGUGUUAUUGUAUGUAGUGUAGUACAUGUAAUCGCCAGAGGUUAGUUUAUGUACAUUGUACAUAAAUCAACACAAUUCCUGUACAAAACUGCAAAUGUUUGACUACCCGCUGAUCGCUUUUGCUGACAAGCAUGUGUUGUUUCUUCAGUAAUCCUAAUUUGCUACCCCUUUAUACUCACUGCAUUGAGAUUUAAGCUGAGAUGCCAACCUCUAUAUUGGCCUGUUUGUGCCCAUCAUUCUCUCUCCCAUAGGUGCCAAUAAGAGCCAUGAGUCACGAAUAGUCCCAAAUUUCUUUUUUCUAAAAUUAGCAUUGAAAAGUAUAUAAUACCAUGCACAAGUAUUGUCGUAGAUGUUUCAUUUGAGUGGCCACACCAUCAAAUUUGGCCCACAAACUCAAAAGUUAGAACUAUGUUACACAUGUUUCUAUGAUAAUUAGACAGUGAAUUAGACACCAUCUGAGUUUGAGGGAUAAGUGUCAAUUAUGCAAUAAAAAAAUGACCAGAAACAAAAGAAUAAAUUAUUAAUACUAAGAGUAGGUACAGUGAACGUACAUGUAAACUAAAUUAUGGUUAAACUGGGUGUUUUCUGGAUGUUGAAAAACUAUUGUUUUUAGCUGUUAUGUGGUGGUGUGGGUGACUCUAUAUCAUUUGGUGUUUGAACUACAGUGUAUUAUUUUACAACUCCAAGAAACUUGUCAGUAAAAUCAUGAAUGUUGUUGCCUUUAUGGUUAGGUACAUUGGAGCGCCAGUUGACUUUGAAGAGCUUAAAUUAAGGUACAGAUGCAGUACAUUGUUUAAUAGGAUUUGUUCGCUCAUAUAACAUACGGCUGAAGCUUAACCACUUGUUGCAUGCAUAGACCUAUGUAAUUUUGGUAGGUACAUGUAGGAUAAGUCUACAUGUGAACCAAGUGGCUUUGUAGGAACAUCUGCAUGCUAAUGUAAGAAAUUCACUCUCAUUUACCUCUGGCCUUAUGUGGGAGGUGUUAGUGUAGCGUGACGCCUGAGCCUGAGUUGGGUUGGACAUGACUGUGUAGUAUUGCAGACUUGUGUUGCUCGUGUUCUUGUUAGUAAAUUGAAUCAAGUGCUAGUUACCUGUAUGUUGUUCAUGUUCACCUUCCCCUAAAUAAUGUAGGACAUAACCAUUACUACAAUGUACAUGUACAUGUAUUUUUCUCCUCAGAGGGGAAAGGAAAUUUAGUGGGGGAGGCCAAAGCCAAAUUAAAUGUUUUAUAGAGGAGGAUGAAGCUAAACUGGAUUUCCCAAGAAAUGGGGAGAGGGGCUUUAUACAUGUACAUGUAAGAAACUCACUUUAAUUUGGGGGAGAUACGUCUAGAUGUGUUGAAAAUUUCUAUGGAAUUGACACAACAAGCGAAAACCUGGAAUCAUACGUAUUGUUCUCUCCAGUUUGUGUAAUGUACUGUACAUUUGAAAUGUAGGUUUAAAUGCUUUCAAACUAGUUUGAUUCUCAGGUUUCUUUGUUUCCAAACUGUAAUUUUUAUUCAUGAUCUCAGUGAAUAAUUUUUAUUGGGGCUAGGAGACAAAGAAAAUUGAGAAUCAAACCAGGUUGUAUGUUAAAACCAUUUAACCUGAAUUUCAUUUUGACCAAAAACAGUACUCAGUCAAAAAGUUAACCAUCUCAUUAAUAAUACAACUUAAUAUAAUAUUAGAUGUAAAAAUUAAUAUGCAUUGCCAUGUUUGUCUCUAUUUUAUUAGUGGUAAAGAUCUGGAAGAUGAGGACACAUUUUGUGACAAACUGGAAGAUGUAGUGACAUCAGUAAAGAGAAAUGGAGUGGCAAUCAAGGGUAAAGUACACUUGAAAUUAUUAUUUGUAUUUAUAGAGCAGGACAUGCAUUACCAAAAGUCCACAGAAACAGCUGCAGGAAGGAAAAUUAAACUUUGAAAAGACAUGACACAACAUGUGAGUUUUAGAGAGAUUUUUUGGAAUUGUUAACGGAAUGUUAACAAAAUGGUGGGAAUAGUUGUAUAUCAAGUGGGAUGACACAGAGUGCACUUUUUAUAGUGAGAUAAAAGUAACUAGUCAUAAUAAUUAAUAUAUUGUUGUUAAUACAACACACAUAUAUUACUUAAAGUGCCUAUCACCUAAAAUUUUUUUUUUUCUUAUCUGAAACUACACCUACACCAAAGACAAUUUUUUUAGAAUUUUUUAAAAACGUGCAAAUUUGCCGCCAUUUUGGCACACCAUUCGUCUUAGUCUUAUUUCGGGGUAUGACGUACUUUAAGGAACACGUGACUUUAUCGACAGGAAAACAUUAAAAGUUCUGGUAGGUUUUUCUGUUUCAGAAAAAUUUUCUUCUUACGAAGACAUUGUGAUUCAAUCCUUACUUGUAAUUGAUCUUUUUUGUGUACAGCUGGUGAAGGAAAGGUAAUGCAAGUUCCUUAAUUUACGUCACAUGACAUCAUAUAUGAGUCUGCUAGUUUGUGUGACCAGCGGCGCGGGUGUACCGCAAAAAUGUGGACUUCAAAAAUUGGUUAAAAAAUCGCGUUUUGUUGAAAUGGCAAAAUUUUUUCGCAGAAGUUAUUUUAAUAAGGUAUAGUUUCAGAUAAGAAAAUAUAAAAUUUUAGGUGAUGGGCACUUUAAUACUUGCUGUGAAUAGAACACAAAUUGAGAAUGAAAAUGACAUCAGAAGAAAGUAGAAGAAAAAAAACAAUUAAAAAAAGUGACAUCAAAAAUUAAAGUAAAAGUGUUAAGUUAACAUGUUUGAGCUUUUUAUUCAGGGUGGGUCAUUCUCAUUUAAUUGAAAUGGCUUCUUUGAUCUUAAGUUGGAAAAGAGUGGGAGUAUAAUCAAGGAUGGAAAAACAAGCCCCAGAAGACAGAUUCUUCCAUGAAACUCUGGAAGUGUUAUAAAUAUGGGAAUUACAUGUACGAGCCUAAAAUAAAAUGCUUGUGAAGCCUUGAGCUACUGUCAUUCUAUUAUACAAUGUUGCAAAGUUUCAUGUUUAGAGAGCUGUUACUUGGAGAGUACAGAUGUUGUUUUGAACUCAAACUGCUCCCUACUUCAUCUAUAUUUUCAUUAUUUUAUUACUCAAUAAUUGCGAGUUUCUAUCUUAAACUGUUGCUUCUUUCUGCAAGUUUUGACGUCAACUUAUCCAUAAAUUAUUGAAGCACCUGAUGUUGUCUCAUUCAUCCUUAAAAUGGGUCUUAUUUCGUACUUAAAUUGUUACUGACCUAUUACUAUUUUCUUUCUAGGAAACAUUUUUACUCCAUUAGAUAAGCCAACUUUCAAGUCUCUAAAUGUGGAAUUACGGUUUGUAUUACAAAAGAGAAAAUAACUUUUGUGUCAGUUAAAUAUUAUUACAGACCGUAGAUGUCUUUAAAUGAAAAUUUAAAUUAAAACCUUGUUACUUACCACUCAUUAACCGAGAGUGAGGUCAUUACAGGAAAUUUCAAACCUCGUCCUUGUUGGAACUGAACUGUAAUGACUGAACAGAUGAGGUUAAUAAUGUGACCUUUUUAACGCCAUUCUUAAAAAUUAAUGAAUACAAUAAAAACACCCAAAGUAAUAUUUUUAACAUCUGCAUACAAGAGGUCAUUCGAGGUUGUGUUAACUGAAUGGAAACAAACCUGGCGAUGCAAUCGAAAACCACAAAACACAGUUUUUUGACAAUGAGAAAAUUUGGACCUGAGCCUGUGCCUGUACCCUUUUGACAGCUGUCAAUUGACCACAACAUGGAUGUCCACUAUCAAGUGAAACACAGAUUGUAUAUGCCUUGGACAACUAGCUAGUAAUGCGCGGUCAUUACAAGGAAAUCUUGCCCGCUUAGCAGCCAAUCAGAGUGCGCAUACUAUUAUGUCCAUAUAAUAAUUGUAAAUAGCGCAUGUGACAAGGAUGACAUUCAGAAGGCUGGAAAGUCAUGUAUAAUAAUUUAUUCUGUGGCUUCCCUGGAGUUGUAUCCGUUAAUGUACAGUAGAGGAUAAACUUAACUAAGAUGUCUGUAGAAAUUAUGUGAGCAAAAUAAUUACAGUCAAAAACAUUUUAUUGGUAGUCUUCUCCUGUUGUCUUCAAUUUCAUCUUUCAGUCCUGUCACAGAUUCCUGUAAUUAUUGACAAUAAUUUUUAUAGUAGCUUACAACUCUAGAUUGAAACGUAAACACUUACCUUAGCUCAUCUGUGUACCAAACUAUCAUUGCUGUUUCUCAACAGACUGCAUUUGGAUCUGUUUGCCAAUGUUGUAAGGUGUAAGUCUAUUCCAGGAAUAGAUGUAAGGUAAGUACAAUACCCUUCUAAAUCUUUAGACACAUUUUAUGAUGAUUAAAUUUUCGAAAUGGGGAAUAGUUCUUUGAAUCUCAUAUACUGGCACCACGGUAUGAAGAAAUAAAUGCAAAGAAGAUCAUUGCAGUUAAAGACAUGAUAUAAGAAGUUACCAAAAGAAAGCCUAAAAAAAUUCUAGCCUGCCGGUAAUCGAACCCUGUCCUCCAUGUAACCAGUGACUGCACUCUAACCAAUUGAGCUAACAAGCAAACUGCUGGGAGCUGGUCAUUAAAUAGGUUCGUAAUAUACCCGGGUAUUAUUAUGAACCAAUUUAAUUUUCAGAAUUUGAACCCGGCAACAUCACCAGGAGGCAAGAGCUUCACCACUGCGCCACUCUCUCUCCUCAAAUCAUCGUCCCCAUCCAUUUGUGUGCUCAGUGUAGCAUAUGAUAUUUAUUUAUUUAAUCACUUCCACUAUAUGGUGUAGAACACACAGCAGAGCGGGGUUCCAAUUUAAGAGUGUCCUUACAGAUAACCCCACCAGCCAAGGAGAGGUUGGCCACACCACCAGGGUCUACGUCCUCUACUCUUUAUAAGUGAAAGUGCUGUGAGAUGGGACCUAUGCUUUUUUGUUGUUAUCCAAGGAGACAUGAAAGUCUAACUGCUUGCAGAUGUCAUGAAUUGCAAAGACAGUUCUUUCUCAUCAGUUAUUUAAAGACCCUGACUGUUGGUCCGGCCGGAGUUUGAACCUGCGACCCUCCGCUCAGCAGACAGGUGCUCUCCCAACUGAACUAAACAGGCUGCUGUAUUAAUAAGAUGGUAAUGGUGGGGAUACAGUGUAAUGUGAAUAUAUGCUAGCUUUUGGCUUUGUAUCAUUGACUGAUCAACAAACGUUUUUCUUCUUGAUAUUUUUAGACAUAAAGAUGUGGAUCUUGUGAUUAUCAGAGAAAACACAGAAGGGGAGUACAGCCAUAUUGAACAUGAGGUAUGCAGAAUAUUUAAAUUGUUUGUCAAGUUACUUUUGUCAACAUGUACAGUCAACUCUAUCUAAGAAGGACACCUUUGGGACUGGCACUAUGAGUCCAUCUUAGGGCGCUUUCCAUUUGUCGGAACUGACCGGCCAGACAGUUCGCGUCACAAGGAGAAUUUCACUUUUAAACAAAACUAUCCAACCAGGUCGGUCAAAUCCUAAAUAGUAUGCAGGAAGGAGAUGGUUUUUCAGCAAAAACCCUUUCGAAAAAGCCGAUUUCUUUUGCUAACUGACUGGUCCAGCAGUGGUCCGGCCGGCCAGCUCUGACAAAUGGGAAGCGCCUCUAGAGAGAUGUUCAUCUUAUAGAUAUUCAGUUAAAAGGAGUAAAAGAAAACAGGGACCAACUUGAAGGGUCGGUUAUUUAAACGAAAUCCAACUUAGGCCACUGUUUAGCAAAUCUUUGGACCUCCAGAUCUCGUCCUUAGUGGAUUAUUUUAAGAAGGUAAAAUAAUGCUUUUCUGUUUCGUGAAAGAUAUCAGCCAUCGUGGAUAAUUUGUAUAAAGGGUUUAGUUUAUCUUUUGUCUCACGAUUGUCACUUUGAUAUUGAUCGCGACGUUUCAACCACAAACUGCAGGUCUUUGUCAGGCGAUAGUGUCGACUUACCGAGUCGGACUUUCUUACUAUCAUCGUGGUUGUUAGUGAUUGGUGUAUCACGAACCUCGCUCAGGGUUGAUGGGUUUCGAUCCAAAGCAUUGUUGGUAUUGUCAAAGGAUAGCGAUUGGUUGUUAUGUUGUCUGAUUGUAGGCAUCCACCCUUCACUAAUCUCUAGUGUACGCCCUAUACCUUCAACUAACUUUCAUGACAAAUCGUGGUAAAAAAAAUUGUUAUGCAAACUGAAAACGGCUUAGAAUGCGGUCUUGUUAAACACUGGCUAAACUCCACUUGAAUAACUGGCCCCAAGUGUCCAUUUUAGAAAGAUGUCUGUCUUAUAGAGGGUCAACUGAAAGGAGUAAAAAAAUGCAGGGACCAACUCUAGGUGUCUGUUUUAGCGAGGUGUCUGCAAACAUGAAUUUACAUUAAAUUUUGUCUAACAUCUCUACGCUCUACACAUACGCACUAUCAUAUUAAUCGGUGCAUUUCGUUUUGGCACCUGUCUGUUUAGUUAUACAGUCAAACCUGUGUACAACUGUCACCCUUGGGAAAUGGCAAGGUGACCGUUAUAUGCAGGGUGACUGCUAUAUACAGGUCAACUUUGCAGAAAAUAUAAGGCAACUGAAAGUUUUUGGAAGUUAUCCGGUGACUGUAAUACACAGGUUGACGGCUAUAUACAGGGUUGUUACAUACAGGUUUGACUGUAGAUCUCGGAUGAUGUCAAAAUGUGGUAAGAUCCGGCAAAAGAGGGCUAGUUGGUUAGUCCUUUUAUCAGGACUCAUAUUGUUGCUUGUGCAUUUCUCUUUUAGAAUGUUCCUGGAGUUGUUGAAAGUUUUAAGAUAAUGACAGAGGAAAAAUGUACCUUGAUUGCAAAAUAUGCAUUUGAUUUUGCCGUCAGGCAUGGAAGAAAAAAAGUGACAGCUGUGCACAAGGCUAACAUCAUGUAAGAUUCAAAAUUUCAGCUUUUACAAUUUGCAUUUGUUUUAACUGCACCUUCCACAGAUUUAAUUUCAAAUUCAGUUUUUUAAGAAUAUAAAAUAAUGCAAUAAAAAAAGAUACGAUUAUGUACACUGUCGAUACAAAUCCAUCGCACAAAAGUCAUUGUUGCAUGGAUAUACAUGCACAGUUAUUAUCUUCCUCAGUGUAUCUUAUAAUUAAUAUGAGAGAAAUUUUUUGGUCUUUGAACAACUGACUCACUAUCUUGUUUGUUUUCCAUGGAUUUUAAUUUUGAUACAAUCUGAAGGUUUUAAAGAGUGCCAGUUGAAUGUCUAUGUCACCUACUAAAACUGAAGGCAGAUUCUUCUUCUAGUUCAGUAGCAAGCCUUUCCUCAUUUUUGCUGGUAUUCCAUCUUAAAUUACUGCAGUUCUCAUGCCAAAUAACUUACGAAACGUAAAUAUCAAACAGUAGCCCUGACUUAUCUCUGUUACAUUUAUUCUAGAAUCCACGGCACCUGUUUUAUUUUUCUUCUUAAGUACAUAUAUCUUAUUGGACGGUUAAGUGUGUAGUAUCGCUGGAUAUUCUUACGAGUCACGCUCUAUUUUGGCAAGCCCGUAGGGCGAGUCAAAAUACAAGAGACGAGCAAAAAUAUCCACUUUUGUCCAGGACUGAAUGCACUAGCAAACAUUUGCUAGCAAAUUGUUUUCGCAAAUUUCGUAAAAAUCGCAAAAGUAACAAGAUCCCACGAUACAAAAUUAGCUGUUUCCUGAUUUGUUAUAUCGCUGGAAAUUUUGAAGCUGGAAAUUCAUUAAAUCUCGCUGUAACGGCGGUCGUCGGUCAACAUUCGCGGGUAACAGUACAAGAGUGCACUGUUACCCUCUGACGUCAAAGAUUUUGCAAUGUUGCCUGCUCAGAGAUUUUGACGGAAAACAGUUUCAUGGUAAGAUGUUAUGUUAAUUCUAAGUAACCAAUGAGAGCGCAUUCUGGUAGGAAAAAAUUUCAAGCUAUGCAAGUAUUGUACUUGUUUUGGGUGUUAUUUGUACUCUACUGAGUGAAGUUGAAUAAUAAAUUAUAGUACAUGUAUUUUUAUAACAAAAAAGGAACCCUUAAUUCGAAGCUAAUAGCUUGUUUUAAGUCACCACAUGAUUCAGGGGGCUAUGUUGUGGUUGAAUUUUUCCUUGGUUUAAGUUUUGUUUUCCUUUGUCUUUGGGAAUAAUUAAGUAUGAUAAUGAGGUUGAAACAAAGAAAGUAAACUUUAAACCAAGAUGAAAAUUAAACUACAACAGCUACGACUUCUGCUUGAUUAUUGUCAAGGACUGAAAUUUUUUUUUUUAAUUGUAGCAUUAUUCUUCAUAAUGUCCAUGUUAAUAUUUCACAACAGGAAGCUUGGGGAUGGCCUGUUCUUGAGAUGCUGUGGCGAGGUCGCUAAGGAGUACCCUGAUAUUGAAUAUAAUUCGAUGAUUAUUGACAAUUGCUGCAUGCAACUGGUGUCCAAUCCCCAGCAGUUUGACGUGAUGGUCAUGCCUAACUUGUAUGGUAAUAUUGUCAGCAACAUUGGGGCAUCAUUGGUGGGAGGACCGGGGGUUGUGCCUGGUGAAAAUAUCGGAGGCGACUAUGCUGUGUUUGAGUCGGUAAGAGCUUGAAAAAUAAAAUAAUAAUGAUAUAUCACACCUUCAAUCCUUCAAUUAAAAGAUUUCCCACUUGAAAGGCUGCUCCCUCCUCUUACGCUCUAGCCUGCGAGCAAACUCUCCGGUGCACUCUGGCGGCGGGGCGGGAAAAGGAAGGAGAGCUUUCAACUACGUCUCUGAAAAUUGAAUAUCUAAAAGUCGAUGCGAAAUGCUGAUUGGCGGAGAUGACAUUAGUACAUGACGUCAUUACCCGUGGCGGGUGCUUUCACGUGUUUUUCAAUGUUUGUUUACGUUCGCGCUCGUCUCCGCUUCGCGCUGAUUGGCGGAAAUUUGGCAGCCCAGUCGACGGGGAGCCACCGGGGAAUUGGAGGCGUAAUUCAUAUUCCAGAGACGUAGUUGCAAGCUCUCCUUUCUUUUCCCGCCCCGCCGCCAGCACCCCCUGGAGAGCUUGUUCGCAGACUACUUACGCUCAAUUUAAAUGGGUUAUGUCACGCUAUUUGCUAUUCUUUUUAAAAAGCUAAAAUUUUUUGGGUAUCAGUUGAAUUCCAAUAGAAAUGGUCCAGUUUUGUCUUUUAAGACUGUAUUGUAGGCAUUGAAACUGGAUGGCAAGGACGAACAAGAACUGAAACUGUAAAGAAGUAGGCCAACUUUUUCGCCUUUGAUUACUGUGCCUGCAAAAAUCACCCAAAAAUUUAUUAUGUUCAGUGCUCUCUGAUGAAAUCUGCGGUUUGACAUCUUCAUGAUUCUACGGGAGCAUUUUGUGUAUGGGUAAAGGCCCUAAGUGAUGACUUCAGCACAGAAUUGACGUAAAACAGCAAUACCCUCGUAUCAUAGCCUCUGUAAAGUAUCGUCUCCUCCCCACAGCCCUUCUAGUGUCCUUUUACCAUUUUUCGUGCCUACUUUUGUCUAUAGAGAAAUCAAUUAACCUCCGAAAUUUUGUAACAAUCCGCGAAGAAUUAUUCAACACAUAGCACCAAGAACAAACGAUUUUGACUCGUUGACUUGCCGAAAGGUACCCUUAGUACCAUUAAGUAAAAGUGCUUGGCGAGACAAAUUGAAAAAAAAAGCCUUUUCAAAAACGACGGUUACUUGUGGACGAGGCCUCAAUAAUCCCAGUGAGGCUUCAAUAGCAAAAGCCCUAACGCUCGUAAGAAAGCAACACCCUGAAGCGUUCUGCUAGUUAUAGUCAAAUGAUGUCAUUGGUGGUUCAUAAGUCAUACCUUGUACAAACGCAUCCGGAUAUCUUUGACAGCGGAGAUUUUUUCUCCGUUUUGGCCUUCCGUUGUGUAUACGUUGUUUUCGGGCUCGAAAAACGCAGGUUUUCGAGAACGGUCGCCAGAGUGGAGUUUUUGAAAACGCUGGCUUAACGUGUUCGUGUGGACAGACGAAAACGGAGGUUUUCGAAUUAUGAUGACAUCAUACAUCAUUAGCGCAUGCUCUGUAAUGAAUGCUAUCGUAUUUCCAUCAUUUUAGCGUUUUUGUGUGGACAGGCUAAAACAAUUCGAAUACGCUACGUGUGGACAUGUAUUUUUUCGAAACGGAUUAAAAAAUGCUCCGUUUUCAAAAAUUUCUGUAUACUUGUUGACGAGGCCUUAAGUUUUCCUUCAUCGUGUAAAUGAGAGAAUUUGACAAGUUUCUUUUUAUCUUGACAAGGAAAAAUCUUUUCAUUUUUUCAUUUACAAUACUCAGGUAACGAAAAUUGCUUGCAUGCUCCCUUUACUACUACUAGUACUACCAUCACCACCACCACCGCCAUUCAUUUCAUUUUUCCUUUCAUAAUUAAAGUUGGCAAUCCCCGUGAGGUUUAAAAUAGCAAAAGCCCUAAUUUGCCAAGACAGCGAAACACUGAAGCAUAUUGGCUGUGGUAGUAAAAUGACGUCACCAUGCAGCAAAUGGCCUAUUAACCUACUUUUAUAUUAUAAUUUACAUAUUUUCGUGUCAUAACCUCUUGUGUUCACAGGGUGCGCGCCAUACUGGUGGAGAUAUUCAAGGAAAGAACAUUGCAAACCCUAUGAGCCUGCUGUUUGCAAGUACACUCAUGCUGGAGCAUUUAGGGUAAGGUUUGUGUAAUGCUCGAAAUAGCGCUAGUUUGCUGAAAGAGUGUUGUUGUUGUUGUCUAUCCUUCCAGUUAACGCCCCCGCGAGACUGAAAUUAUUACAUAGGCGACACCAACCCUCCACCAGGAAAAAAUAACUGACUAUAGAAAGUAGAAAAGUGGGAUUUCAAUAACAGGAAGUAGAGGACCUUCGUUCUAUGUAAUAUGGUGUGGGACUAAGUCCUCUCGCGACUUUGUCCCUCGCACGGCCGAUUUGCACCCUCAAAAGCUGGCUGGGCUCGCCUUACGGCUUCUUCUGCUGUGAAACUCGUUAGGACGACUUAUGGCAAGUCUGAGGGUCUUAGAGAAUCAGGAAUUAAGGUGGACCACACAGAGAUAUGUGUUUCGUAUUAGAGAUACGUUCAAGUUUACUAUUGUAGAGUGGAUUUACUGGGAAAAAGGAAAACGUCAUUUUGAGACGGAAAUUGAAAAGGGCGAAAGUAAGCGCCCCUAUCUCGACUCAGAAAGUUAAAUGAGCGCCCCGAUAGCCUGCCUGAAAACGUGCACUGUUCACUUUUCCUCACGCAGGCUUAACGGUGAGGAGCGGGCGGGGGUAGAGCUCUGAAGGGGAUGGAGAGGGCUCUCCCUCUUCCUCUCGUCUAUUUACGCUCCACUUCUCAUUCAUUUCGCGCCACUACCUAACAGGCUAGCCGGGUUUUGUUUUCUUGGGGAUGACCAUUACCCUUACAGUAUUUUGUGUUGAUAUUGCAGAUGGAAUGCUUAUAGUGAUCUGAUACACAGUGCUAUUCUACGAGUUGUGGAUAAAGGAAUGGUGAGUAUUUUGUCCUUUGCGCUUCAUAUUCUGGUAUUCUGAUGUAGAGUUGGACUUGCCAGAGUGUUGUUUCAUCAGGUUAUGUAACCACCGAUGAAAGACUGAAAGUGUUUGUAUAAUUCAUGAAACACUCUUUGUUAUGUAAUGUUUGUAAUCGUCAACAAUUCUUCAGUUUGAAAUUAAAAACCUGCAGUCACGGAAGGGAUUUCUUUUUUUUCUUGUCUCGAAUUUUUAAUGAGAUCGAGAAAUGUGCCGGUAAUAAAGUGAAUGAUCACGAAGUCUUGAGUCAAUCACACACGUGCUUCUCAGAAUGUCGUCAAUGCUAUUUUUAAGGAUGUACUUAAAAAAAUUUUUUAAACUCUGACUGAAAGUGUUUCUGCUAGAAACAAAGAAAUUCACAAUCCUACAAUGGGUGACCUGAGUCGUUUCGCAAAAAUUGUACUUUUUCGUCGUAUUACAUGAUUUAAGGCAGAGCAUUUAUUACAUCUAACAUGAGGUACCGGCUGUUCCACUCCGGUCAAAUGUCUCUGGCUUUCUUGAGUUAACGCCGCAGUGCUAUUGCGCAGGGCCAUACAAAAUGGUUGGUGUAUGUAAAUAUGUUAUUAUUUUUUUCGCGACAUAAGAAGUUUCUCUCUUUUAAAGUGCUUUCCGCUCGACUGAAAAUUUUGAAAAUGACGUCACAAAUCCGCAAUUGGGCGUUUGCCUACGCUAAGGUUACGUUCACACGGCACUGGACGGACGAAUUUUCCACCGGCAGGAAAUCAGGAGCACCCAACGAGGGUUUCUUCCUAAGUACAUUGAAAACUCUUUUUAGGCUAUCCAGAGUACUUUUAGAUCUCCAGAGAUGCAUUCUAAGCGGCGCUAUAAAGCUGGUAUCUGUUCGGUCGUCCUAGAGCAACUUCCGUCUUUUCGAAAUUAUAGGGGCUUCAGUAUUAUUUUCCCAAAGAUUUUAGAUGCAAUUUAAAGUUUUUCGAAAUUUCGAAUUUUUCUGAUUUCUUUCUCCAUCGCAUUUUCUAAUCCUAAAAUUUCAGGUCUCCUUUUUCUACGAAAAACAGCUUAACUUGGGGAGUGUUAUGCUAAAAAGUAAACUUCAAAAAAUCGUAAGGAAUUUAUGAGAUAUGAAGCUUCGAACAUUGGCAAGAAUGGAACGAUCAUCUAGAAAUUUUUAGCCGUCCUCCAGCUAUAGAAAAUUCUUGGCAAUAUUUGCUUCUCCGAACAGAUAUUUUACAGAAACAGUCGUUUGGUGUCCCUCGGAAAUUAGUGCGAUGCGUUUAGGUGUUCGUUCACACGGAACCACCUUAACCGUGUGAAAAUUUAGAUGCCUAUCCGUACAAGUUCCGCGGUGUGAUCAAAGCGAAAAUUUUGAAGGGUGCCGUGUGAACGGCCAAGUGUCAGCUCAAAUUUUUCAGCCGCCUUGUAAACGCCGUAGCCUUAGAACUAACUUACUACAGUUCCGGCAUAGAGAUUUAGUAAGUUAAUUACAGCACUGAUUUUUACACGAAUGAUCAAGCGAUCGCCUAUAAUUAGCUAAGCUGCUGUCUCAGUUUAAUCGUUGGUGAAUUUGUUUCAGAAAACAACCGAUAUUGGAGGCUGGCAUUCCACAACCGAGUUUCUUGACUGCAUAAAGGAAGAGAUUGGACAGGUUGCAAGAUUCACCGGUAACACAUAG